AUGACCGAUAAUCAAUCCAUUACAUCCAACGAGUCCUAUAACCAACCUACAACCUCUUCAGAGAAUGCUGACAGCAGACGAUCAACAACACAAGACGACAUUUCACUUGAAUCCAUGUCAGCCAUGAUAGCUGCAGCUAUAGAGAUGUCCAGUAAAGGUCGUGGAGCGUCUUCUUUAUCUCUCGGUCAUGCAUCUAUUAUUCCUUCUUCAAGCUCAACUACAACAACAACAGCUCAAAUUAACCGAAGCAGGAGUACCAGUGUACGUUCCUUUUUCACAGGCUCAUCUCGCCAAUCAGCUCCAUCGCAAUCAAAGACAAAGACCACCACCAACAACAUUGAAAAGACAACGAGUAUGACAGCUCGACCCAAACGAAGCAGUAGUAUGAGUAGUCAACAUAGCCUUCCUACACCAAGGCGUUCCUCGUCAGCUUCGACCCAUCGUUAUCCAGCUAGAUUUUCUUGGCUGAUCAACCCACCCUCCUCCUCCUCCACAACAACCCCAACACAAGAAACAUCCAAAAACAUCAAUGAUGCCAUUGUUGAAGAACCAAGACCAUCAGAAGAAGACAUUGAUGAUGGAAAACGUGAGCUCAUGUACAGAGGUAUUCGAGUCAAAGAAAUCAAAACCACUCUCAAGACCAUGGUAGUGCCACAUGAAGUAGAACGACCCAUGCCAAAUGUAAAAAUAGAAAGACCAUCCUUUGCUCGAAUAAACUAUUAA